CCCAGUCCCGCAGGAUUUGUUGGCAUGCGGGGAUGCGGCGCCGAGGAUUGCGGAGAAGGCAUGACUUCUCCUCUGCAUACUGGAGUUUCUGUGUUCCCUGGGUCGCUCUGGCAUUGUCCAUAUUGCAGGGAUUUCCCUUAGCUCAUUCUUCUACCAGAAUAGAUCCUCGUGCACUGAAAGUUGUAGGAUCAACAAAUUUACCAGGAAAUGAAUCUGUGACAAUAUCCUCAACAGGAACUCUUUUAUUCCAACAUUUCAAAUCUUACAUGAGUGGAAUUUACACAUGUUCCCUAGUGUUUAAGCCUACAACUGAGCAAGAAGAAAAAAGCUAUUUAAUUAAAUACGUUAUUUACGCUUAUUCUGAUCCUAACUUUUACUAUGAGUUUACAGCACGAUAUCAUUCAGCUCCCUGCAAUAGUAUCUAUAAUACUUCUUUUGAAAAGAAGCUGCUUCAGAUACUGGCCAAGCUUGUUGUGGAGCUAGCUUGUGAGGUUUCAAUACAAAAAUCUGAAUGCCAUCAUGUAAAAAUGCAAAGAGCUGGAAUGCAAAAUGAGCUAUUCUUCACUUUUAAAGUUUCUUCUCUAGAAGCAGUAAAAGGCAAAAGUGUGUGUCAGAAAAAUGUAUGUGAUGUAUCAAGAAGAUUACGAAAGGCAAAAGACCUAAUAGAGAAAUUCUUUAGCCAACAAGUUGAAGUUCUUGGAAAAAGAACAGCACCGCUACCUGAAAUAUACUACAUUGAAGGCACUCUGCAAAUGGUGUGGAUUAAUCGCUGUUUUCCAGGUUAUGGAAUUAAUUCUCUACUACAUCCAGAUUGCCCUAAUUGUUGUGUGGUUUGCAGUCCAGGAUCAUUCAAUCCUCAUGAAGGAACUCAUUGUCUUCAAUGCAACAGAAGUCUGGCAUAUGGAGCCAAACAUUGUUACUAGACUCUCGACAUAAUCCUUUUGCUAUGUUUAGUAAACUUUCCUGUACUUUCAUCUCUG